UCGCCAUCUGGAAAACCACAACACAAAAAUACAAAACAACACACAGGGAAAGCGAGCAAGAGAGAGACUCUCCUUUAACGGCUAGUUUUCUUUCUCUGUUUUCCUUCUUGUCGUUGAUUUGGUUUGGUCUUUCUGAGGGAGGCAAUGGAAUUUCAUAACAGCAGCAGCAGCACCAGCAGCAGCAACAUUGAUACGUGCGAAUGGCGAGAAGAAGAUUACCACCUGCCAAAAGAAUUCCAUUUUGAUGUCGCUCACCCCCUAUGGGAUAACAUUGACCAAAUUGACGAUGAUAUUUGGAGCAUGCUGGGGAAUCAAACUCCAAUAAGAGACUGUGGAGAGUUUGGUUUGGAUGUUUUGGGUAUAAGAGAUAAUGCCAACAAAGGUUUGGAGGAAUGUGGAGAGUCUUCACAACAUAAAAGGCGGCGUAUGUUGCAAUUCAGUUCUGAUGGCAAUGACACUAGCAUGGGCAAUGAGCAAAUCACCUUUACUACUGUAAAUUCUAAGGUUGGAGAUCUUCUAGUAGAGGAUGUGCCACUGAUAGGAGUUGGUUUGUCAGAAAACAUGCAGUGGACUCCCCAGCUGAAUUCAUGUUUUCCAGAUGGUCGGUGUGUCUCUAGCAAUGAAGGCUUGGAUCACUCAUCCAACACGCGGCUUGCAGAUUGUCUUAAUGAAACUGAGAUGCAUUACAACACUGAUGACAUGCUUUCCAGUAGGAAUGAUCACGUUGCCUCCUAUUGCCAAGUUGGUUUUUCAGCACAUGAGUUGGAAACUGAAGUUGUGCAAGAGACUACCGGUCACACCACUCUUAGAAUUUUCAAAGGCAAGAAAUCACACAUUAAAUCUCCAACAAAGUUGACAUCCUCUGUCGCCUAUCCUUUUACCCUAAUCAAACCAUGCGGAGUUCAUGGGGACAUGACUCUAAAGGACAUAAAUCAGAGAAUUCAUGCUACACCAACAUCACUGUCAAAGCUUAAGAAUGAUGAAGAACCUUCUCUUUCUUAUCCCACUUCAGCUUUUUCUGGGAAGCCAGUAGUUGUCAAAACUAAAAUUCACACUGAAGGGGGAAAGGGCAGCAUUACAAUCCUAAGAACUAAAGGCUGACUAGACAAGUGCUUCUUUGUUCGAAUGGACCUGGCAUCUCACUCAUGCAUUCAAACUUGUGUUGGUUUUGCAUGGUAAGCUGUGGCUAGCUAGUCUAGAACUCGCGCAUCGGAUCCUGUCCUUCGCAUUGGAUUCUUUGUCCGAACUCAUUUUUAGUAUCUGUUUUUCAUUUUUGUGUUUUAUACAAACUUGUAGUGUUGAGUGACAUGCAGCUAUUAAAAUUUGUGCUCAACAAUUGCCCAAUUCAUAAAUGCCAGUUACUUGAUCCUCUUCUAA